UGUGUACCAGUGAGACCGCGGCGCUGUCAGGUGAGAGAGCGCUGCUGCAGGUCAUUGAGAGGCGCUUCACGUACACGGGAAUAUAAAAAAUAAAAUCACAUUUUGGAUCUCUUUGAGAGGCGAAAACGACAUCCCACUGCUUUACAACGCGAGCUCCGCCUGCUUCUCCAGGAUGUUCUCUUUGAGGAAAGGGUCUCAUAGGUAGCACUCAAUCAUCUUUGGACGGUGACGUGGAGAUGGUCACUUUGGCUGCCUUGCUGACAGUAUGCAUAUGGAUACAAACACAGACUGCUUCAGGACAGCACACAUGUGCUUCUACUCCACGCACGUCGCUGGAUUACACUGUAAAAUACUCCCUCCCCUAUUUCCAAACAGACAAACCCAUACAAAACAUAGCAGUGAGUGGGACUUUCGGAGAGAAUGGGGUGUAUGUUGCGAGCCAGAAUGUAAUAGAGGCACUUAAUUCUACUUUGGACAAGAUAUGGGAGCUAAAAACUGGACCUGUUGGCAGUGCUGAAUGUGAAACCUGUCAGGUGUGUGACAUAGAAGCAGAUCCUGGAGAUCCUGUGGAUACAGACAAUAAAGUUCUAGUUAUUGAUUUUGCUGUCUUUCCCAAUCCCUUUUUGUACAUCUGUGGGAGUACUCAUCAUGGGAUUUGUCAGGUCAUUGAUAUUGGCUUUUCAAAACCGGAGCCCAAGUGUUUAUAUAAAAAAGAGAACAAUUAUCCUACAAGCUGUCAGGACUGCCUGGCAAGCCCACUUGGCACCAAAGUCGCCAUCGUUGAACAGGGAUUCAUAUCACUCUUCUUCGUGGCAGCCUCUGUCAAUGGUGAGGUGGCACAGAGGUAUCCCAGGAGGUCAAUAUCAGUGAUGAGGCCACUUGCUACUGAAGACGGCUUUGAGCGGAUCAACAAGGGACUAACAGUGCUCCCGAGUCUGCAGGACACGUACAAGAUUGACUACAUCUACAGCUUCUCCACCGAGGACUACGUCUACUUUCUGUCCCUGCAGAGAGAAAACCCAUUGAGGAGCAACUCAGCUUUCCAGACUCGUCUUGGACGCUUGCCGAUUGCAAACCCUGAGGAGUGGAUGUACAAGGAGGUGGUCCUGGAGUGCAAGUACGACCGAAAAGGCAGGAGGAGGAGAAGAAGAGAGGCGCCCAGGAACAUAGUGUACAAUGGGCUGCAGGCAGCAUAUUUUGGGCCAGCGGCGGAAAAGUUGAUAAAGGAGCUGGGGUUGAAGAAACCGGAGAAUAUUCUGUACGGAGUGUUUGCAGAGGUGAACGAGAGCGGACAACCUCAGAAGAACUCAGCAUUCUGCGCCUUCCCUUUGUCUUUAGUGAACAAAGCCAUCAAUAAAGGUGUGGAUGCCUGCUGCACAUCAGGCACAGAGCAGCUGUCCAGAGGUCUCUGUCACUUCCAGCCAUGCGAGAGCUGCCCACAUGAAAGCUCCGAGGGUAAUGAAACGUGCACUAACAAACCCACUCUGGUGUCAAAGUCGUACUACAGACUGGACAUCUUCAACAGCCAGAUGAGAGACGUCCUAUUCACUGCUGUCCUGGUCACCACUUUUGAGGAUCAGACUAUUGGCCACUUUGGUACCUCAGAUGGACGGAUACUGCAGGUGAUUCUUAGUGUGAACGCGCCGAAUGUUUUCGCCAACUAUUCUCUUGAAGGAUCGGAAGUGUCCAGAAAUGCAGCUGUAUACUCUGAAGAUUCACUUCUCUUCGUAGUUGGAAAUAAGAUGUUCAAGGUGCCCACUACAGGUCCAGGGUGUACACAUUUUACGACAUGCUCCAAAUGUUUGGAGGCCCCACUCUUCAUGAACUGCGGCUGGUGUUCGGGAAUCUGCUCGAGGGAGCACGAGUGUGCCUCUCAGUGGAACAAAGACUCUUGUGCGCCUGUCAUAACAGAGUUUUACCCCAUGGUGGCUCCUGCCGGCGGCGAGACAGAGGUAACACUGUGUGGCUGGGAGUUUCGCUCCCCUCUGCCUCUUGGCAACAUAAGCAGGGAAACUCAUGUCAUCACAUUGGGCUCAGGGAUCUCUUGUGCUGUUGACCCUGAUAAGAGCAAUAGUGAAAAGCUGGUAUGCAAGAUCCAGGAGCACAGUCCGAACGAGAACCUCACCAUCACUCUGAAUGUGCACGAGGGGGGAGAGAAGGGCCACUACUCCAUCGAAGGCAUGGCUCAGAUUUCUGGCUUCUCUCUUGUGGAGCCCAGCAUUACAGAAAUUAGGCCUGACUAUGGCCCUGUGUUUGGAGGAACAACCGUUACCCUGACAGGCCAAUAUCUGAACUCUGGGAUACAGAGAGAUGUCUUCUUGGCUGACAAAAAGUGCAACAUCCAAAGCGCUCCUGAGGGAAGUGGAACUCUGUCCUCAAUCGUCUGCAACACAGAAGCUGCGGCAGGUGUGGGGAACGUACCUGUUAAAGUCUUGAUCGACAAAUUUCAAGUUAAGACAGCCAAGAAAUUUUUCUAUAAGAAAAACCCUAAUAUAGCCUCUGUACAGCCUCUCUGCAGUUUCCAAAGUGGCUCCAAGCUGGUGAUAGAAGGUCAGAAUCUUGACUCUGCACAUAAAACUGUGGUUCAGUACAUUUCGAGCUCGCCCCACCUGCAGCCACCUGAACAAGUCUGCAAUGGUACGAAGAAUGCAACCCAUAUGGAGUGCUGGGCCCCUGCUUUUCCUAAGGAAAUGCCAGAAGACAAGUCUGACACCGGAGUGAUUUUUAUCCACAUGGAUGGAGAAAGACAGAUCUGGAGAAGUGGUUUUAACUACCACCCCGAUAUCAAAGUCAUUCCGUUUGAACAUGAUGACAAUUUAUUACCUUUAAAACCAGGAGAUACAGAAGUUUCACUGCAUCAUAGAAAACUGAACAAAGUGAGCGCAUGCAUGAAGAUCGUAAUGACCAUUGCAGGUGUGAACUGCAACGCCGAGGUUCUUUCAAAUGAGCUCACCUGCAGGAUCCCUAAAGGCAUGGUUAUUCCCAGCGAGGGGUUACCUGUCAAGGUGUCUGUGAAUGGAGUCAUUCAUGAUGUGGGUACAGUAGUGAACGAUGACACCAACCAGGCGACUGUGAUCUCGGGCAUUGUGCUGGGCAUCCUGGCUGCUUUGGUAUUAGGUGCUAGCCUUGCAUUAGCGGUGAUGAUGCAUUUGAAGAAGAAAAAGAGAGCCAACAUAGAGAAUCGGUUAUCAACAAUGCUUUCACACAACCGCAUGGGCAGUGCCAAUAAUUCAUCCCCGACGGGCGACUAUAGACGAGUCGAUCUGUCCAGUCAAACAUCAGGCUCAGGAGGAAUGGCUUUUCACGGGUUAAUGUACGCUGCCAGCUACGAUCAUCUGGCCAUCCCUCUAAUGCCCCGAGACAAUCUCUCCAUGAUCAGUCUGAGUUCUGACCUUCUCGAGGAGGUCAAAGACGUCCUCAUCCCUGCUGACAUGCUCCGGAUCGAAGAUAGUCAGAUUAUUGGCAAAGGCCACUUUGGAACAGUUUAUCAUGGGUACCUGAUAGACAGCAGCAAGAAAGAGACCCACUGUGCUGUGAAAUCUUUAAACAGGAUCACAGAUUUGGGGGAGGUGGACCAGUUCCUCAGAGAGGGCAUCAUCAUGAAAGGUUUCCACCACCCAAACAUACUGUCUCUGCUCGGCAUCAUGCUGCCCAAAGAAGGACUCCCUCUGGUGGUGCUACCGUACAUGAAGCACGGGGACGUUCGUCAUUUCAUCCGCUCUGAGAAAAGGAACCCAACAGUGAAAGACCUGAUUGGCUUUGGGCUUCAGGUUGCAAAGGGUAUGGAGUAUUUAGCACAGAAAAAAUUUGUCCACAGAGACCUGGCUGCUCGUAACUGCAUGCUGGACGAAACCUUUACAGUGAAGGUGGCUGACUUUGGCAUGGCUAGGGACAUCUAUGACAAAGAGUACUACAGCAUUCAGGAUCACAAACGUGUGAAGCUGCCUGUGAAGUGGAUGGCCAUCGAAAGCCUGCAGACACAAAAGUUUACUACCAAGUCUGAUGUAUGGUCAUAUGGCAUCUUAAUGUGGGAGCUGCUGACAAGAGGUGCUAGCCCGUAUACAAAUGUGGACCCCUAUGACAUCACGCACUACUUACUGAAGGGGCGUCGUCUUCCUCAGCCACAGUUUUGUCCUGAUAGUCUCUAUUCUAUCAUGCUGACAUGUUGGGACCCGGAGCCUGAAUGCAGACCCAGCUUCAGAAGCCUGGUUUCAGAAGUACAACACAUCCUUUCCUGUCUCGAGGGAGAGCACUACAUCAGUCUGAAGGUGAACUAUGUCAACUUAGGCCAGCCGAGACCGUACCCUUCCAUGACUGGAUCUGCAGAUGAGGCUGAGGCCUCGGACUCUGAGGAGGAGGAGGAGGACUGUCAUGCUGCCAGCUGAGGGUGUCAAAACCCCAGGACUCUCUGGCAGGAACAUUGGAUUCGGUAUUUGAUUUGAAGAGCACACAAAAAGACUCCACCUUGGCCUGGAUCUAUUUUUAACAUCACAAAGAUUUUAAAUAAUGCCUGGAAGCCUAUGGAAGGUUUAGCUGCUGAUUUAAAAGACACUGCAGAAAGUUUCAAAUCCUAUUUGAGCAGAUGACUGUCCCCAUGACUGUUCUGGCUCUCCAUUAGCUCCAGAGCUCAUGCUGAAAGGCUGCAGGGAACUAUCCCAGGUGUCAGAGGAAAAAAUAAAGAGAAAAACAAGCAUUCACAGACAAACAUUCACACCUAUUUUAGUAGUCAUGGAGUUAUCAAUUAACCUCAACUUCAUUUAUUUGAACUCUGAAAGGAAGCUGAAGUAACUGGAAACAACCCAUCCAGGUACGAGGAGAACAUGAAGGCGUCAGCCAGCGGUAGGUUUGAACUCAGAACCUUUUUUCUCAGAGUUCAAAAUACAGACAGCAUGUUGAAAAUUGUUGUUUAUUUGUUCAAACAACUAAAGCACAAGUGUGAAAGAAAUGAAAUGAAUUUAAAAUGUGCUUUUGUUCUCAUAUUUAUAGACUAGGAUAUUGGGUUAUAUGAGACUAUCUCGUCAUCAUAUAAGACUGUUAGAAAAGGGGGCUUUAAAUGCUGAUAUGUGGUUGUGAACGUGUGUAAUAAUUGAACUAGUCUCAGAAGUACUCGGUCUACUCCGAUUUUGAACCACAGAUACUGAAAAGCUCUGCAGCCACUGAAUUAUACAUCGAGCUGUCAGUUGGCUCAGACGUCAGCUGAGGCUGACAAACAAAUGUAGUACAUCUCGUCACCACUAGAGGGCAACAAAUGCCUCCUGCUGAAGCAUGAGCUGCUUCUGCUGCAGUGAUGCUCUGCACUACAGCAGACAGCUCAGCACAAAGGUGUUACGCAAACAACACACCUAUAAUCAUCACCUCAGUGCAACUACGUCAGCAUAUCAUUCUGUCCAUGCCGCACAGUUUCCAGAAUCUCUUUCAUUUUCUGCAUUUGAUUGAAAUGAUCUCCACAAUAAAUCAGCCAAUCCAAGAUCUCAAUUCAUGCACUGAUUUUUUGUUUUAACUUAAACAGACAAUGCUUACAAAUAUAGUUUACUGACUAUCAAGCUUUCCACUGGGAUUCAUAGAUUUGAUGGUUUUCUCUCCUUCCAUACAAGACAAUCAUGAGUGGUUUUUUUUUCUUUGAUCUAUAUUGCACUGAAAAGAGUUUUGUACAGACAAAGAAAUGAUUGUCAAUACUUGCCUCUAAGAGUGUUAAGAACAUUAAAAGUCUUCCUACACUUGUUUUUCCUUGAAUGUGAAUUAAAUUCUAUCUUCUUUA